CGGGAUUGGAGUUACUGGACGCCAUGUUCCCUAACAUGUGGUAGAGGCAGCCAGGCCCGGACUAGGAUGUGCGUAGAGCCAAAAUAUAACGGUGACCAGUGCCAGGGAAACAACACGGAGGAAAGGCAAUGCAACACUCAUUCAUGCCCAGUUGAUGGCUAUUGGCAGGAUUGGGCGACCUGGGAUGACUGCACCGCCGAAUGCGGUGGUGGUAUCAAAAGUAGGACACGCACAUGCAUCCCUCCGAUGCAUAAUGGCACCUCCUGUGUUGGAAGUGACACGGAACAGGAACAGUGUAACACUCAACAGUGCCCGGUCGAUGGCGUAUGGCUGGCCUGGGGACUGUGGUCUCCAUGUAGUGUGACGUGUGACUCUGGUACGAAGACAAGAAAAAGAACGUGCAAACCCCCGGAGUACGGCGGUAAUACAUGCGAGGGGGCCGACACGGCGACUGGUGCAUGUAACGAGGUCACUUGCGAGAUUCCCGGUGACUGGCUCGAAUGGGGCACAUGGUCAAGCUGUUCCGCCACCUGUACGGGUGGAAUGAGGACAAGGGUACGGGAAUGUGAUUUUACUGUUCAUGGCUCCAGGACGGGACCCUGUAUCGGAGCCAAUUCUACAACGGGUUCGUGCAUGAACUACCCAUGCGACGAUUAUGUUCGUACCUGUACGGAGAUGAAGCAGAGAGGUCUGUCUCACAAUGCCCUGGUCCAGAUCGACCCAGAUGGAAAUACUGCGGGGGUCGAACCCUUCUAUGUUUGGUGCGACAUGAAAGCGGACGGAGGUGUUGGUAUCACCAUGAUAGGUCACAAUGCGAUGAACGACACCCACGUAACUAAUGCGGAAGGGGCCAGUCACUGCGAGUUCCAAGUGGGACUUCAGUACGCUAACGUCACGCUGGCGCAAGCCAUUAGCCUCGUCGAUAUCUCGGGCCAAUGCUCCCAGUAUAUCAGCUGGCGGUGCUAUGCCUCUGCCAUAGCGGUGGUACACCGGGACGGGACAAGCACUAUAUUUAGUUACUGGUUCAAUCGCAAAGCGGAAAUCCGCCACUACUGGGAUGGAUCCGACCCAACCUCGGAUAUGUGCGCGUGUGGUUUGAAUCGGACGUGUGCGGAUCCCGAAAACGCUUGUAACUGCAAUUCGAAUGACGAACAGUGGCGACAGGAUGACGGGCAUAUCAGAAACAAGCAGGAUCUUCCAAUUACGAGCGUGUGUAUCGGAGAAACUGGUGGAGGACCGGGUGUAGAAGAAGGCUAUUUGAUGAUUGGACUGUUGAAAUGUUCUGGCGAGGGAUAAAACGAAGAAACAUCGAUACAGUGACAACGUGAGAUCGACAUAAAACAUUUAAGGAUAGCGUUCUCUAAGAUGACAUAGGAUUUGAAUUGUG